AUUUUUAGACAAAUUAGAUUCAAAUCUUAUUCUUGAAGCCUUAAGGAAUAUAAGAAGAGAAUUUUAUACCAAUAGGCUAGAAUAAUAAUUUAGCAUUAGUAUUCUUACCUUUCCAAUCUUCAUGCUGAUUUUUUUCUAAUUCUUUUUUUCUUCAUUCGUUCCUUCCACAAUUCCACUUUUUGCUCCUUCAUAAAGAUGAACCUUUCAUAGAAUUUUUUUAGUCACCACAAAAAAAAUUUGAAGGGACAAUUUUUGAGUGUCUUUAAAUGAAUGACAACAAGAUUGAUUGUUUAGGAAGGAUUCAACAAAACCAUAGAUUAAAUGGUGAUUUUAAUUAUGAGCUAGGAAAUUGUUCUAGUUCUAGUCAAUAUUUUGAUAUGAGACAUGUUUCCUCAAAUAUUGGAAAUUUUAGUCAACCAUUUUCUAUGUCAUGUGUUGGAGAAAUGGAAGAUCCAUCAUGUAUAAUCCAAAGUCAAAACCAAGGACAAGGAAAAUCAUCUAGCACUAUUAUAAGCCGUUUUGAGUCACCAAAUUCAGCUUUUUAUGCAACUGAAAUUUGCAUGAAUUUUCCACAAUAUGAUUCCCAAGUUGGUAAUGAUAGUAACCCUUUUUUAAUAUCUCAAUUUUCUAAGGUUAAUGAUUUGGAAUUUCCUUUGUAUCAAUGUCCAAGGGAAAAUAUUUUCCUUGAUUCAACAAAUCAAGCUAACACCAACUUUGAGUUUUCAAAUUCAAACCCUUUGCAACCAAUGAUGAGAUCUCAAUUAAAUAGUGAUCAAUGUAUUAGAUCUCCUGAAAAUUCCAAUAAAAUCCUAAGUGGAAAUUUUCAUUCAGUUGAACAACAUAAAUUCUUCAUUGAUGAUGCUGCAUCAAUUAGUAUGAGUCCAUUAAUUCCUUCUAAAGGAAAUCAAGAUCAUAAAGUUUCUUGUGGUUCAUAUGAUAUGCCUGUUUCACAGCUGAAUUUCUCUUAUCAACAAGAGAAACUUUCUCCAACAAUUUCAACAGGCAAUUUGUCAACUAUUUGUGGAAAUUACCCUGCUUCUAAUGGAUCAUCAGUGUGUAGUAAAACGAGAAUAAGAUGGACUCAAGAUCUUCAUGAGAAGUUUGUGGAGUGUGUGAAUCGGCUUGGAGGCGCCGAGAAGGCAACACCAAAAGCUAUAUUAAGGUUGAUGGAAUCAGAUGGAUUGACUAUUUUUCAUGUUAAAAGUCAUUUGCAGAAAUAUAGAAUUGCAAAAUACAUGCCAGAAUCAACUCAGGGCAAAUCUGAGAAAAGAACCAAUGUAGAGAAUGUGCAUCUUGAUGUCAAAUCUGGCUUGCAAAUUAGAGAGGCACUUCAACUGCAACUAGAUGUUCAGAGGCGUCUUCAUGAACAACUAGAGAUUCAGAGAAAAUUACAAUUGAGAAUUGAGGAACAAGGAAAGCAGUUAAAGAUGAUGUUUGACCAACAGCAGAAGACAAACACUCAGAAUUUGGACAAUACAGAAAAUAAUAAUAAUAAACCAAUUAGUCCUAAAGAUAUUGAGGUUUCAAUUUUGGAAGGGUCUGAAAAUUCCUUAUUCCCUUCAAAGAUAAGUUAGGUUUCAUUCUCAAGCCUCAUAACUUUAUAAUUUGAUAUCUCCAUGCAUGUGACAGAAAACCAUACCAUACAAUUUUGUAAUGGGAAGUAAAUUAGUCUUGUUAUCCUACAAGAACAAAUUCAGUAAAUAAGUACAUAUGAUAUGAGUGUGAUAAUUUUGCAUUCCUUGAAAAACAACAAUAUGAUUGAUUAAUUGUAAUUUUUGUAAUAUUUACACACAGAGAUUUUGUAUGGGUUUAGUGCAGGGUUGUUUUUUGUCUUGUUUUCUCUGGUUUUGGGGAGAUGAAUGGAAAUGGAGAGCGUAGAGAUUCUAUUGGAUAUGGAAAUUUUAAUUUCAAAAUAAUUGAAAUGUAUUGGUCUACAAAAGUUAUCAUUGCAGGCAGAAAAAA